GUGUCAGGCUGCUCACCAUGUCAGGCUACCAGCUGCUCUGUCUCUGCGCCUCAGACCCGGCAAACAUCCGUCUCUCAUGUUUCUCAUUCGAGUCUCACUAAGCGGACCAUGCGGCUGUUCACCGUCUCAACUUUGCUCCUGUUCUUCUUCACCUCAGGGCUUGCACUGCAGAUUCAGUGCUACCAGUGUGAGGAGAUGACACACGACUGCUCCACACCAGAGUUCAUCGUCAAUUGCACGGUGAACGUGCAGGACAUGUGCCAGAAGGAGGUUCUGGUGAAGGAUGAUGGGAUACACUACCGCAAGUCCUGCGCCUCAUCAGGAGCCUGUCUUAUUGCUUCUUCUGGUUACCAGCAGUUCUGUACCGGCAAGCUCAACUCUGUGUGCAUCACCUGCUGUAACACACCACUGUGUAAUGGACCACGGCAGAAGAAACGUCCCCAACCGUCGGCCGCCAUUACCCUGACCACGCCACAAUUCCCUGCGUUUUCUCUCUACAUCGUCCUCCUACUGUCCUCCACCCUGUGCUGACAGAUCUUCACACACUGAGUUAACCUAUAUUGACAGUGGAGACAACAUGAUCUGGAACUGUAUAAACUGAAGCAGUGAAGAAUACAUACUUUUACGUGCAUAUUCUUUGAGGCAUGUUGGAAGCUUUGUACAGUAUUUGUUCUCUUGACUUCCUUAAUGUUGCAUUAAGCAAAAUUGAGAAAUUUUAUCAUCACGUGUCAUGUCACAAACAUGAUCUUGGUGCAGCUACAAAGACAGCUGGGUAAGGUGAGGUGGAGGACUGUGCUGUGUAUGAAACAGCUUUUGGCUAUUUUGUUGGGCAGCAGGUGGCUCAUUCACAUCUGUCUUUAUUAACUUACAGUACAAGGUCAAAUAAGACACAUUGCAGGAAAGAAAGUUCAGAAUCAUGAUUCAUGAGUCUUAAGAAAAGUUCUCCUGAAUAAAUCUAAAUUAAUACCGUUAAUUGAAACAAUCACCAAUUUUGUUGUAUCGAUAAAUUGAAAAAGACAGUAUAUAUGUAUGAAUGAUAUAUGUUUCUGUGAAAAAAAUGCAGGUUGGAAAAAGUCAUUGAAUGAAGAAAAACUUAUCAUUUUAUUAAAGCGACCUCCAGCCUUCAAGCCCCUCACAAAUAUAGUGUCAUCCAACUGACAGCUCUCAGCAACAACUAGCAGCACUCAGUGGAGGGCAUAAAAAAGUUCUGUUUUUAUCCUCAAACUCUGUAACAACCAUUGCUGUCUGCUCACAAAUAUUGUACAUAGAGCUACAAAAGCAUGAUGAAGUCCACAAACCUUUUUUUAACUACUCAUUACAAAUUCAUCACAUCUCUAAUAAGUAGAACAGUUUGCACCGAGGUGGAGCAGCAGUAGUUCAGUGUGUGUGUGCUACAGUGAAGGCCAUAGAGUGGCUACAUGUUGGUGACUGCUGAUUGACUCAUUCAGCUUUAUCAAAAGAGUUCUAAAGUUAUCCUUGAAGAUGUGCUAUUUCCCUAUAAUCAGGGAAUAUGUUGUAUGGUAAGGCAUCAGUAUGCAUACCUUGACAGAAUAUUUCAGAGCCAAAUGUGUUAUGAUAACAUGUAAAGUGAUGUGCUAAACAUGCAAGAAGUUGAUGUUGUCCAUCAAGUGUAAUAUCAUGUUGCUUUUGCAGUGUUUGAGUGGUUGCUUUGGAGGUGACCUGGACCUUAAACGUAUCCUAUGGAGAUUUGUGUGUGUGUCUUUGAGGUUUAAGUAACAUAGCUUACAAUGUUUACACCAAGCGGUAUCCUCCAGGGCUGAAAAAUGAACCAAUGCGUACAUGCCAAAAACUGCAGUUCCUCUAAUGGUCACUUGAGGCUGACUCCAAGAGCGAGUCACUCACCAUAUACCCCCUUGUUAAAAUGACCAAUUUACAGCAAAAAAAAAAAAUUACAGCUUGGAACAAGAAACAGUUUUGGUCUCUAUAACUGAUUUCCUCAUUCGUGACAGCUGUACGGAGGAGUGAAUUUUUAUAUAACUCACUUGCUUGCUCACUUGAUUUGAUCAAGGCUUAAAUUAUGCAUAAUAAUGGCGUGGCUGCUUUGAGUGACAGGUUGUCUGCAAGGCCCAGCACAGUCUGUGAGUCAGAUCCACCCCUUGCUCCUCCACAGCUCCACCCUAUCACUCAAAUAUAGUAACUUCUAGUUCCAAAAAUCCAAGAUGGUGAUGGCCGAAAUGCUAAAUUUAAGGCUUUAAAAUGGGAGUCCACAAACCAGUGGCUGAGGUCACAGUGGCUACGUUUUAUACAGCCUGUGGUUUACGUUAGCUAACUGUCCUCUUCUUUUCUAUCUUUGCUGAUACAAGUUUCUGGUGGCUUUAGUGCUACCAGCUGUUAGCAAGUGGAACAGCAUGAAGUCACUGGACAUCAUAUAGUCUCAGUAAACAAAUAUUUGCAUAUGUUUGCAGAAUCUGUAGGCAAUGGGACAAGAUUUUGGUAUCAGAAGUAUUCUGGCUUCUGUUUGUAGUCCGUUUGUAGACCAAGUAGCAUUGACCAGUCAUGUUUGAGCAGCAGGUAAACAGUCUUUGUGGAGUGGUUGAACACACUGGCCGAAAUGCAAUCUCUGAACCCGUUGGCUAUCGUCUGACCACAGUUUAGCUUUUUGUUUUCUUUUUUUUUAAAUUCUGCAUUCAUAUGCAAAUAUCUGUAUGUAGAGAAGUCUUGACUUAGAUAUCCGGAUAUCUCCUCCAGAUCUGCCUAAAUAUUGGCCAUUGUCCCCCAGAGCUAUCGUUUUAACAGUGAUAGCUAAUGGGUUCCAAGACUGGACAUCCCAUAGCUUGCAUGUCACAGUUGUAUUAAAAGAACUGAAUAUUAAAUUGUUCUAAGAUGGCUUCAGCUUUAUAGUAUGCUUAUUGUAUUGGACACUGUCCAAGAAAAAUGACAGCAUCAGUCACUUCAGCAAGUGCCCCAAAACAGCACAUUUACAAUCAAGUGACAGCACCCUCUAGCAGCCGUAGGAAUUAUAAAGCAAGCAAAAAAGGAAGCCAGAUGACAUUGUCAUAGAGUAUCCCAUUUCAUAUCAAGAAACAUUCAUUUAUUUUAUCAAUGACCUCAAUCGUUUUCUAACCUUAGCCACAUGUUUAUUACUGAAAUCAAUGUUUCCCUCACCUUAACUAGGUAUCUAAACACAAAUCAUGAUCUUUCCCAAAAUGGAACCUUUUGUGUCUAAACCUGCCCAUAUCUUAACCAUAGCCCUGUCCUGCCCCACUAUACAACUGUCUUACUUUUUUAACAGUGAUUUGAAAUGUUGAGAUGUUUUCCUGCUGAUAGGGCCAUCAGAUCCAAAAAUGUGUCUAUGAAGUGGCUAAUAAAUGAACUUUCCCAACAACAUGAUACAGGAUACACAAAUACUUUAUUUUUUAUGUUAGUCAAUAUAUCAACCUCAUGCGCAUGCGUGGACAUUUAUAUCACUGGGACAUCUGAUUAAUUAUUUAAGGCAUAAAAUACCACAGUUCAUUCUCAUGAAAUUCACUCACUGUGUGCAUACACGGAAAAAGUUUUCUUGGGGUUAUUUGGCUGGUAAAUUUUUUGGCCCACUGCAUAAUUAAUCCCUACUGGUUCCCCAAAAUGAUUUACUUAUUUACUGCCCUUCCAGGCUUUUAAAAUUUGAUGGACCUAAAAGCUCAAAUUCUGAUAAUACUUGUAUAAAGAAUGAUUUGGGGGUGUUUUAUUUAUCAUUUUACAGCUAUUGCC